AUGGCGCCGAACGCCGCCCAGCAGUUGCGAGACAAGCUCGAUGGGACUCAUUCCCUCUUGGAUGAGAUCGAGGCCGCAUGCAACAACUACGAUGCGAUCGAAGCCCUCCAUGAUCGAAUCGACGCCACACGCCAUGAACUUCAGUCCACACGCAAUGACCUUGAGGACGCACACGAUGACCUUGAGGCCAAACGCAAGGACUACGACGAGUUGCGCGAGGCCAACAACACACUCCAAAAGAACUUUGAUCGCGGCAUGUCCCUGCAGCGCGAUUUGAGUAAGCUCUACAGCGGCGCGCGAGACGAGCUGGCUAGAACGAAGGACCUCUUGAACGAAGCCUUGUCUGCCAACAAAGAACUGACCGAGAAGAUCGGCAGCAGUGCCGUGAAAGACCAGGCAGAGCAGAUCGUCCAGCUCAGGCGCGAACUGCAACUCGAGCAAGACGAGAGCGCUCACUUCAAAACCCAACUGCAACAAGUGCAAGACGAGAGCGCUCGGAUGAAGACCAUGCUCAAAGUGAGUGAGCUCCUGGAGGACGUCCGUAUCGUUGGGACCAUUCGAGCCAGAUCUUCCACUACACCACCACCGCCACCAUCAUACCCCUCACCACCUCCACCUCCCCCUCCGAUCUCCGAUGAGUAUUCCGACGAACUCCUGACUCAACAGCGCGAAUCGGAAGCCGACAUCAAACACAUCCUGGAUGAAGACGAGAAUGAUAUACUGGGCUUGAACGAUACUCCGAAGCUCACGGCGAACGUCAAGAAACAUGAAUCGCCGGGCAGCCACACUUCUUCGUCGACCGAGAUCGGCAUCGGUGCCGCCAAUCUUCAUCAGAACAAGCUCCGCACAGUCGUGGGCGAGGAAUCGUCGACCACGCAAUCCGAUACUCGCAUCGGGCACGUCAUCUUCAAUCCCGAUGGCAGCGAGACGUUCAUUCCUAUGCCACAAAGCCUCGGACACAACCGCGAGGAUUCGUCUCAGAUGAACCAGGAAAAUGCAUACACGCAGGUCGACUUCAACCGCGUGGCUGGAGUUGCGAUAUUCGCGGAAGACGUGGCGGAUGAGGACAAGUUCGAGUACUGGCGCUCAUUCGCGAACAACAACCCACGCCACAGUGCGACCUCAUGGCGAUGGUAUUAUGAGCGAUACGUCCGUCCUUCAUUCGUGGCACAGCAGGCCGCGAGGCUCUCGAAAAACAGUGCGCCCUCUGCAGAGGUGGCAGGUGAGGAUACCCCGAGCCUGGCGGAAAUACACUCGAGUGUGACAGUUGGUUGCGAUAAGAUCAGCCUCUCCGAAGCUGCGCUCAGUCCCGUCAGUGAUCAUUUUUCUGAUCCCGCAUGCCUUAGGCGGGCUUCGCGCAUGGUCUGCGUGAGCAAUGUCCCACCCACGAUGACACUCCACGAGGUCCUCGAGCAGCUCUGGGUCCCGGACCAGAACGCGGUUCUGUUUUCAGCCAACUACAUUGAGACCUCCAAGAUGCGAUUCAAGUCGCCAUGCGAGCGAAACACUGUGCUCUUGGUGUUUACCACGAGCAAGGCCGCCUUGCUCUGUGCCUACGGUAUGCGUCCGGAACACUGGUGCAGCAAGUCGGAAGAUUUCAUCCGAACACAGCUCACUCGUGUGCGAGGUGCCGACACUGCAAUCAGUCGGGAAAUCCAGUACGAUAUUAAUCACCAUGGUGCUACGCGGGUGGUUGGGGUCUGCUUCGAGACCGAUGGACGUGAGGAGUUCGGAUCCGAAGUGAUGCAGGCAAUGGAGCUCGAAUUGUCGAUGACACCCAUCGACGGCCGAAGGCACAAGCUCCCCUUGAAGAAGUCCAUUGCCGUCAGCGGGGAUAAAUAUAUCACGGUGACGUUCGAGUUCGCGUCGCUUGCGGAAUCCAAAGUGGCGUGGCUGAAAUUCAACAAACUCCACGGACGUCCUCAGACGGACGCCAAGGGCGAUUUGAAGUGUUUCUACCUCCCCGAUCCGAUCGGAAAGACGCUCGAGCCCGACAGCGGUACGAUCGAAGAUACCUUGGGUUUGCCGGCGCAGGACACGGAGGGUGAUCUCUCGGCCGAAGCGCAUGGCGUGGGCUUUGGCGCAGAGGAUCAGUCAGGCAGUGUGGCAGUGAAAAUGCCGAUGACCAAGGCCAAGGGCGCGUUCGUGCAGCACAUGCCGGUCACGCCAGCGCACGAGGCCGAGGACGCUGGAACCAACGGAGGCAACGAACACGACCAAGAAUUGCUCCAGCGUCGCAUGAAGGAGGCUGUGGCCCUCGCGAUGUCGCGUAGGCCCAUCAUGUAUGCUCACGAGGCCGACAAGGGCGAUGCCGACGAAUCUCUGAAGCAGGGGCAGAUCUCGGACAAGCGCAAGAUGAAGCUGGCCAACAUCGCCAAGAAGGAGGCCAUGAUUGCCGAGAACCCUAUCCUCAACGAGCUCGACAAGACCGUCGAGAGCGAGUCGGAUGAUGAAGACGUCCAGACCUGGGUGACGAUGGGAAAGUUGACCGGGUUAAUUGGCGGAAAGGGCGCCCCUUCCAAGACUCCCGGCCCAGGCAAGAAAGGCAAGAAGCGUCGUAACAAAAUGAAUGUGGUCAUCGAAACCACCGCCAGCAAGGAGAGAGCCCGGAACGAAGAUGAGAAGCAAGCGCCGGUUGAUACCAACGCAUCUCCAGGCAGCGGUCCCGUGCCUCAUGUGCCCGGAGGAGAUGAGACCGAGGAGGCAAUCAACGAGCGGAAAGCGCUGGAGAAGUUCAUGGCCCAGAUGUGUUUACGCUUGGGCAGUACUCUUGAAUCUGUUAACGCAGAUGUGCAGAAUAUCGGCCACAUGAGCGAGGCCACGCAGGUAGAAGAGGAGAACCACGGCAAGAAUGCUUCGCCCGAUCAAGGCGCUGACAACUCCGCGGAGCAUUUGGACGGCUCCAAGAAAGACGGCAAGAAAACGAUGGCGGCCGACCACGUCCCUGAGGAUGACAAGCUUGCUUCGGAAUUGGAUGCAAGCGAAAGCCAGCCAAAGGUGCCGAGCGAGAAGGAAGUGGCGAACACUUUGUUCAAAUUGUGCGAGCAUAUCGACCCGACUGAUAUCCUCGGCACGGCCCAGAAGAUCGUCAUAGUUGGCCAGAAAUCACAGGCGUUCGAACAGGCGAUGCAGAAGGCGACGAAGAAGAAGAAGCAGGCGUUCGCUGUCAAAACAAAGGCUUGA